UUUCGCGUUGCCGUGGAGACGGAGCCGCGCCAUGGCUAAGGAGAGGCGCAGCGCGAUGGCGGCGGCGGCGCUCUUCUUACUAGGCGUGCUGGUCGUCCUCUCGCCGCUGCUGGUGGCCUUCCGGAGCCACGGAUUCUGGCUGAAGCGGAGCAGCUACGAGGAGCAGCCCAGGGUCCGCUUUCAGCAUGAGGUGCUGUUAACAGGACUUCUGGCUGGAGAGCAGGGCAGUGGGGGCUUCGUGGGGUGGAGCUCCUUUGCAGCCUGCAACCGGCUUCUGGGUGACCACCUACGCCUCCCACUCAUCUCGGCCCGGGAGGAGGACGCGGACCAUGACGGCCUAAUGGACCAGCUCCACUUCCGCCUGGAGCUCCCUCUGCGGCCCUCAGAGCAAGUCGUGGGCGUCCAGCUCCUGCUGACCUUCUCCUACCAGCUGCAGAGGAUGUCUACCUUCGUGAUGCAGAGCAUGGCCCUCCUGCAGGCCUCCUCGCCCGUCCCAGGGUCCCGGAUCUACGCCAAUGGGGAGCUGAAGCUGCGGCAGAGGCAGCCCCUGGGCCACAGCGGCCUGGACAGCAGAUACAAUGUGUCUGUGAUCAACGGCACAAGCCCUUUUGCUCAGGACUACGACCUUAUUAAUAUUGUGGCAGCGUAUGAAGAACGAAACGUCUCCACAGUUUUCACAGGCCCUGUACCGCUCUGGUCCGUCGGAAGAGCCCCCGAGCAGCCCUUUGUGAUCCAGAUGGUCAUCCGCUACCCCUUGGAGGUCAUUGCAUAUCAGCCUGGAUUCUGGGAGAUGGCCAAGUUUGCCUGGAUCCAGUAUGUCAGCCUUCUGCUGAUCUUCCUUUGGGUGUUUGACCAAAUAAAAACUCUUUUCUUCCGGGAUCAAGGGCUCGCCGCGGUCUCGGCACCACAGAGCCCUUUUGCAUUGUCUCGGAAAGAGCACCAGUCUUGAACAGGCUCUGGAAAAGGCCAGGUAAAUGGAGGAGUGGCACUGUCCACGUUGAGAAGACCAGAAGGUGCCUCUGUGCCUGGGACCAUGGGAUAUGCUCUCCCUGAGCACUGGACUCCCUCUCUCUGCUGCUGCGAAUGAAGGCCUCGGGAGGGCAGAAGGUGCUUGUGCUGCAUCUCGGACAUACCUGCCCAGGAGGGAGAGUAGCCUGGAGUCGAUUCGGCAGGAAAGCAGCAGACAACCCUUCAAGU